CUAUUAUCUUUGGUGGAUGUAGGUGAUCUGUGAACUAUUAAAAUCUGUGGCCAGUUCCUUCUUCCGUUUGAUUGCCCUGUUGUGAGUUGGUUGGAAAGUGAAAUACGAAGAUGCCAUCCGUGACGCUGAAGGAUGUCGACCAACAGAAAUUCGUCAAAGCGUUUUCGGCGUUCUUAAAAAAGACUGGAAAAAUGAAGGUUCCAGAAUGGGUAGAUUUGGUGAAAAGUGCAAGGUUUAAGGAACUUGCACCAUAUGAUGAUGAUUGGUACUAUACACGUUGUGCUGCUCUCGCUAGGCACAUCUAUUUCAGGUCACCAGUUGGAGUUGGUGCAGUAACAAAAAUAUUUGGAGGUCGCCAGAGAAACGGAGUCUGCCCAUCACAUUUUUGCCGGGGGGCUGGUAGUGUUGCAAGAAAAGCAUUACAGUCCUUGGAGCAACUGAAGCUGAUUGAGCGAACUGGUGAUGGUGGACGCCGACUAACUGAGCAGGGCAGGCGGGAUCUUGAUCGCAUUGCUGCUCAGGUUCGCCAGAAAAAAACACUGGAAUAAACGAUCCUUUUGUAUGUUGUAUCUAAAAAUAAAAUCUAUAUUGUAAAGAAA